UCAUUGCAAGAUGAAAUUAGGGUUGAUAUUGGUUGCCUGCAUUCUUUAUGGUGCAGAAUGCAGACCUUUUAGCGAGGGUGGCAGGAAAGGUGGCUUUAACAAGUUGUUGCUCAUUUCUUUUGAUGGCUUCAGAUGGGAUUAUGAUCAGGAUGUGGAGACGCCUAAUUUUGAUCAAUUGGUAAAGGAAGGAGUGAAGGCAAAAUACAUCACUCCACCAAUGAUCACAAUGACAUCCCCUUCACACUUCACCACCAUCACUGGGAGAUGGAUUGAGGAUCAUGGAGUGGUACAUAACAUGCUGUUUAACUCCACAACACUCCUAAAAAUCACCCACAAGGCAACAAUGAAGCGCUCCGAGUGGUGGGACAACGGAGCCCUGCCCCUAUGGAUCACAGCACAGAACCAGGGACUGAAAACAGCAUCUUUUUACUAUCCCGGAGGUGGAGUCAACUACAGUGGACAAGCAGUGGACCGAGCACUUGUUGAAUCCUAUGGUAUGCCAGAUGACAAUGAGACAGAGUGGCAAGAGAACAUAGACACCGUCAUGCGCUGGUACACUCAGGAGGACUUUGACUUUGUCACCCUGUACUUUGGGGAGCCUGAUAGUGUCGGACAUUCCAAGGGUCCAGAUACCCAAGAGAGAAAGGACAUUAUAAAGAUGAUCGACCGCACACUUGGUUACCUCAAAAGGGCUAUUGCAAAGCAUGGCCUAACUGACAAUCUAAAUGUCAUCAUCACAUCUGACCAUGGCAUGACCACAAUAAAAAAGGAAAAACACGAUCCAACUGUCAAAGAAAUCAUACUCAACAAAUAUAUUAACUUUCUGCAGCUAGUACACUUUGAACUGGUUGAUUAUGGUGGCUUUGGAAUGUUAAGACCCAGGAAUGGCAAAAAGCAAGACAUUUAUAAUAAGCUGAAGAAUGCUCAUCCCAAUCUGACAGUGUACAUGAAAGAAGAUGUUCCUGAAAACUUUCACUUUGCCAAAAACAGCAGAAUCCAGGACAUUAUUCUUGUGGGAGAUUUAGGUUACAACUUGAAUUCAAGAGCAAUCAUAUAUGUGAACAAAGGAGAUCAUGGCUUUCAUAAUCAGGAAAUGGACAUGAAGAUGAUCUUCCGAGCAUUUGGACCAGAUUUCAAGAAGAACUACUUGGCUUCUCCAUUUGACAGUGUGAACAUCUAUGCCCUCAUGUGCAAGCUAAUGGGUGUCAAUCCGGCCCCAAACAAUGGCUCUCUGACCUACACUGAGGAUAUGUUGGUAGAUGACUUCGACAAUCUUCAUCCAACAAGCCCAACUCCAACAGAGAUAGGCACGACUACUCCAGCUGGCCAUGGAGAGAGGAAUCAGAUGUCACUUGCUCUACUAAGUGUGUUGAUCUUCACAAUGUCUUGUUUACUAUAAGACGUUGAAGGAGGACCUCUGAAACAACUGAAAGAAAUAAUGCUUAGAAACAUCAAACAUUUAUUUAAACAUUUAAUUAUAUGUAUGUACACUGACCCAUGAUCUGAGAUUGACACUAAAUAUUUGUAAUAAUAUUAAACAUUAUAUUAUGAAAUGUUUUGUUGGAAUGUUAUAAAGUUGUACUGUUGAAUGUCAGGACGUUGUGAGAAAUAUGCUCUUUUCAGAUCUCAGAUCUCCUUCCUGCUUUAAAUGUUAACCACGUUUGAUCCGAUCCUACUGCUUCAUGUUUUUGAUUUGUUUUUCUACUAUGUUUAUUUAC